AAAAAAAAAAGAAAAAAAAAAGAAAAAAGAAACGGAGAAAGGAAAGGAUGGGGGAAGAAGAUUCCUGGGUUCGCGAUGAACCCAAGACCUAAUUGGGAUUGCUUAGCUUAAAAAGGGAGUGAAAAUGAUGAUCAGGCUUUUCCGAUCCAAAUCUUGCGGGUAGGUCGGACUUACAGAUGGGCCGUUCUUUCACCGGAGAUAUAGCAGCAACGUGGAAGACAAUGGAGGGGAAGAAGAAGAAUUUAACGAGGAAGAUGACGACGAUGAUAUUGAGGGAAGUGAAAUUACGAAAAAAUAGAUUCCGACGCCGUUUAUAAGCCCCGAGUCGAGCUUUGGGGGUGAGGGGCGAAAUGGUAAUUCCACGUCGAAGUCUAAUCAUUUUACAAUUCUGGAUAUUUUGGUGGGGGCAUUGCGGAAGUCGCUGGUCAUGUGCGGCGUCGAGAGUGGCGAUGUGGCGUCGAGAGUGGCGAUGUGGCGUCGAGAGUGGCGAUGUGUCGCCGAUGGACAUCAGCUGGCCGACGGAAGUCAGGCACGUCUCCCACGUCACCUUCGACCAGUUUAAUGGGUUCCUCAGUUUACCCACCGAGUUCGAGUUGGAGGUUCCCCGGAAGGCACCCAGCGCCAGAUUAGUAGACUGGAAUAGCGGCCACUCAGUUUGAGAGCUCUCGGUAUAAAUCUCGUAUACCGACCUCAGUGUUAUCAAUGUGAAGACAGAUUAAUGUAUUACCAAAAUUAUAAUUUUGCUUUUAUUAUUUUAGAAAGUAUUUUGAAAAAGCAAUUGCUUUCAUGUAUUUUUUUGUAUAAGUUAUUUUUAUGUAUAUGACAUUAAGAUUAAUUUAAAUGGGCAUUGCUUGGAUUAUUUUAUAACUUUAAGUAUUUCGAUAUUUUUCUUAAGAUAUUUUUCACUUAAAUAGUUUUCCCUUACAGAUGAAUGAUUUUUUUUUAUAAAACUUUAAAUUGUUU